AGUUUUCCCUGACGGAGUUUUGGCGGUGGCGGCGGCCGGAGCGGCCAUGGACGCGCUCAAGUCCGCGGGGCGGGCGCUGAUCCGGAGCCCCAGCCUCGCCAAGCAGAGCUGGGGGGGCGGCGGCCGGCAUCGGAAGCUGCCGGAGAACUGGACAGACACUCGGGAGACACUGCUCGAGGGAAUGCUCUUCAGCCUCAAGUACCUGGGCAUGACACUGGUGGAGCAGCCCAAGGGUGAGGAGCUGUCAGCUGCUGCGGUCAAGAGGAUUGUGGCUACGGCCAAGGCCAGCGGGAAGAAACUGCAGAAAGUGACCCUCAAGGUGUCGCCACGAGGGAUUAUCCUGACCGACAACAUCACCAACCAGCUCAUUGAGAACGUGUCCAUUUACAGGAUCUCCUAUUGCACAGCAGACAAGAUGCACAACAAAGUGUUUGCCUACAUUGCACAGAGCCAGCACAAUGAGAAUCUCGAGUGCCAUGCCUUCCUCUGCACCAAGCGGAAAAUGGCCCAGGCUGUCACCCUUACAGUAGCCCAGGCCUUCAAAGUCGCCUUUGAGUUUUGGCAGGUGUCCAAGGAAGAGAAGGAGAAGAGGGAGAAAGCCAGCCAAGAGGGAGGGGACGUCCUGGGCGGGGGUCUUCGAGACAGCACCCCGUCGUUGAAGAGCCUGGUUGCCACUGGGAACCUGCUGGACUUGGAAGAGAUGGCCAAGGCCCCGCUGUCCACAGUCAGCGCUAAUACCACUAACGUGGAUGAGGCACCGAGGCCUCAAGCCUUGAACAAUAGCAGUGUUGUCUGGGAGCUGGAUGACGGCCUGGAUGAAGCAUUUUCAAGGCUUGCGCAGUCUCGGACGAACCCUCAGGUCCUAGACACUGGAUUGACAGCACAGGACAUCCAUUAUGCCCAGUGCCACUCACCUGUCGACUGGGACAAACCUGACAGCAGCGGCGCCAAGCAAGAUGACCUCUUCAGCUUCUGAGGGCCUCGGGGCUGGCGGGACACGUGACAGACCAAAGCCACUUGUGGCGGCGUGGGGCCAGCUCCAGGACCCCUGGCCACUCUCUGCUGGGUGGCAGCACCGUCAGCCUGCGAAUCACAGCUGCAUCCCGUCAAGCAGAGGGGAAGGAGAAAAAUUUUUUUUAGCCCCACUCUUUCUGUAAGACUGAAGGAUGCCUUGAAUAUUUAUUCAGUGACUCCUGGUUCAACUCGGAAGCCGGUUUUGCGCAAGGCACAAGCGCAGUGUUUUAACCAGCUUUCUGCCCUCUCCUGAGCAAGCUCUGCUCUGCUGUGGGUGUCAGGAUGGUGACCAAAGCAUUUCUCGUCCCUUCUCUCUUUCUGAGGACCCAAAUUUCCCUGGUGGCGCCCCCACUCCUUGCUGUGUCCGGGAGGGCCCCGCAGCCUCAGGAGAGCGCUGCAUCCUCAAGUGUGCCUUCAGCUGGGGCCCAGCAGGCCUGGGCUUGUGCCCCUGCCCCGGGGCUCUCAGACAGAGGGGCAGCCCCUGACCAAAGACAAUGCGUAGCUGGCACUUUAAAGCACACAUGGCAGGUGUGGCCCCCAGGGGCUCCUCAAUGGUGCUGCAUUGCAUAGAGCUUUCCAUCUGCCCUUCUACAAGAAGUCCCCACGGGCGGUCCCCCACGGUGCUCGGAACCAGUGUAACUGGCUGCCCACAGGUCCCCAGAGUCUGACUGCAACAGUGGGGAUCAUCUGUGUGUGACUGCCGUCCGUCGGGGUCCCCCACUCAUCUCGUCUCCACGAGGUGGACGGGCAUAAGCCCCAUUCUAACUGUUUCGUCCGCGUAGGUGUCUCUGAGCCCCGAUACCCCACGCCUCCGGGGACAGCGUGUGGAGCCGGACACUGAGACUUGGUCAGGACUGUUUUGUCACCAUUGUACAGGGGAGGAGACAGGCCCUGAGUGUGGAAGGGGUGGAGUGCAGAGUAGAACCAGAUCUAAUGCCAAAGUUGCCUCUCUCACUCGCCUCUCCCGGCUCACACCUCCCUUCUUUCUGGCUUUGUUGUCCUCCCAGGAACCAAAAACCCCAGCUCUUUUCUGACCAAAAUGUGUUUCAUAACAAACCAUCUGGUGCCUUUCCACAUGCAACUGGCUUGAACCUCCGUGCCCUGCUAGCUGUCUGGCUGCCGCUUUCCGUGGAAAUGGAAGUGUCCAUGCUAAUUUGGAGGGUGAAACCAAACCAGACUCCGAAGUAUCAUGCUCGUCUUUCCUGACUCACCCCUGGGUCGGGCCAUGGCAGCAGCCGUCUGUCCUCAGUCUCCCCUCCUCCUCCCCCUUUCCCCCCCCCCCCACCGGCUCCCAGCAAAGCUGCCAAUGCCCUCUCCACCUGGAGGUGCCUCCCGGGUCUGGAUUUACUGAGCUCAAGUCACUAACGCUAGCAGGUUUCAACAGCCCAGGAAAAAACCAGCUCUCGGAAUCUACUUCUCUAAGCACUUGAAUCGGAGCACAGAGACAGAAGUGCCUGGCCCAGGAGUGGGGUAGCAUUUGCAGAGUCUGUCUCAGAGAACGGGGAUCAGGUCCUUUCCCUGCCCAGCUCCUGCACCUUGCUGCCCACCCCAGACCUUGGUAUCGGCCCCUGGAUUUGUUAGGAGGCAGCAAGGGUAGGGCCCAGCACCGGCUGUCCCUGGCACGAGGGUCCAGAAGACCUGAGCGGCCAUGCUGUGUGUGUGUGUGUGUGUGUGUGUGUGUGUGUGUGUGUGUGUGAGUGUGAGUGAGAGAGAACGAGAACCGUUCUUGGCCUUCGGGUGGGUCCCUGGCUGACAAGCCGUCGGUGUGCUCCCCGCGUCUGCAGAGGAGUCUUGUGCUUUGCUUUGUGUUGCUGUAAAAGACAUUCUAAUGAGGAAAAGACGAGGUAAUAAAGGUUCUCUUUUUGAAAUACAAAGAGCACUUGGAGGGAGUGGCCUGUGGCCAGAUGGGAGUGCGGCAUUGGGCAGCUCCUACCUUUAGUGGUUGCAGUGGCAGUGACCACAGGUGGAGACGUGGGGGGGUAAUGGUCUGUGGUCCCCUGAUAGAAGCCCUCUGGGGCCCCUCUUUACCCAGCAGAAGUGGGUGUGUGGCGAGGUCAUCCCUGGAGAGCUCACAGGGCCACACCAGCGAUCCAGGGCAGCAGAAACCUUGGGCAGGGCCUCCUGGCCAGGGGUCUGUGAACACAUGGAAUGUGCAUAUGAUUAUGUGGGUCCACCUGUGCGUUUUUCUUGGGGAGGAUGUCCAUCAUUUACAUCAUAUUCUUAACGUGGGUCCCCGACAUGCGGUUAUUUGGCAAAUUCUGUGCCGAAUACAACCCAGGCCUGGAGCUCAAGUUCUGGGGCUGGCAGUCCAGAGAGGGUCCAGGUGGACUCCAGAUUGUGGCUUUGGUGUGACUGGGGACCAGGGUGGGGGAUAAUGUGAUGUGGGAGACCCAAAGCCUCACUCAGGCUGUGACACUGGGUCGGUCACUUCUUUCCUUAAGCCUCAGUUUCCCCAUUUGGGAAAAGGCUACAGCAAGCUCCACCCCUCCCAUCUCCCUGGUUUUUGUGAGACUCGAGGGUAACCGUUAUGCAUUGGUGGCUACUGAGAUGGCUCAAAGUUUAUCUCAGAGCAAAAGGCAUUUGUACUGAAUACAUUUAAGGAAGUCAAAAUAAAAUUGACAAUAAAGGCAACUGUUGUUAACUGA